CAAGCGAAGAAAGAUCACGGAUGACCCAAUCUGUCCCGCUGAAAGUGAAUCUGCUGGAAUGGUCAUUAAUAUUGCUCCAAAAACUUGUCAGAUCUUGUUAGCCUAUUCGCUGUUUAUUUAAUGAAAAUCGGUGAUGUGCGCGGCAGUUGUGUUCAUGUGUUAACAGAUCAUCAAAUACCGUUAUUGCGAAAACAGUGAUUUUAGAAAAUGUGGUCGGGCGGGUGUUUUGUUUCCCCCCCUUUUUGCGUUUGAUUGAUAGUGCAAAAACAUUAAUAAAUUUAUAAAUAAUGGCGGACGUUAUUUGUAUUUCGUCAGAUGGCGAUGAUUCGGAUGAUGCACCGCGAAAGACAAAAAACAAGGGAACUGAACCAACGUGGACUGUAGUUAAAAAACUCGGCAAUUCUGGCUCCAGUUCAAAAUCGUUUAAUGGCAACAUCGUAAAACACGAGAAUCUUAAUGGUCUUAAUCAGUCCUUGAAAACAAAAAGGAAUUUGAGUCUCAAGAGUGAGAGAAUGUCUGAUAGCAUGAGCUCGAAACAGGAUAGUUUCGAUAAAAGCUCGAAAUCAGUUAGUGACGUAAGAAACGGAAGUGAUACCCAAAAUGGUCGCAAAUCCGAAAAUAUAGCUAAUGGAUUCAUUAAAGAUGAUCCCAUUAUAUCACAAAGUCCCAUAUUUCAAACCGGCGCGGUAUCAAUCUUAAAAAGAAAGACCGUCGCUGACGAUGAAAUAAAAAUUGACAAAAUGGUUUCUAUACCGGUAAAAAGACUAAAAUUGACGCAACUUCAGAGCAAAGUAUCAAACAGUGCUUCCUCAUCACCAAAGCCUUCAGUAUCAGCCCCAUCGAAUAAUGAAAAUUCCUCCCACUCAAACAACGACCGUGAUUCUCCAACUCCUGGAUGUUCCUCCUGGUAUCCCGAAGUUGAGAAACCAACCUUGGUGAUCAAGGAAAGAGAAGUACUCUACGACGACGAGUUUGAUUUAUUUUCCACAUUCAUCCAGACUUGUUUAAAAAGAGAUUCCUCAAAUGACAUGAAAGCAAUUGUGAAAAAAUUAAAGAAGAAACACGAGAGACUGCAUCCCACCUUUCUGAAUAGUGAUAAUUUCAAACAAUUGUUGAUUGACAAGCAACAGAUGAUUUCCGACAAUAAGGGAAAGCUUUUCGUGCACAUUCAGGAUGUGCACGGUGAAAUGAAACACGGGGCAAGGAGAAGUCGCUCCUUGGAAAAGAAUGCCCGGAAGGAUGUUCCGAAUGCGGAUAAAGAUGGUGUGAAGAAUGGUGUUGACGGGGGAGAGAAGGAGAGGAAGGAGGAGAGUGAAUUGGACAGACACGAGGAAAGGAGGAAACGGAAAAAGAUCAAGGACAUUCUCAACAGUAUAGAAGUCUGCAAAAAGAGGAUUAAGCAGCUCGAAGAAGAGGAUGUUGAUCUCGAUGAUGAUGAAAGUAGUUAUUUAAUUGUUGACAAGUAUAAGCGAAAGUUGAUGCAACUUUGGAAUGGCUACUGCAAAUAUUCCGGGGAAAAGGUGGACGCAGGUCGUGCGUAUUUGCGACCAAAACAUAUCUCGGCAACUCUCAUCACGCCCGUCGAUCAGGCUAUAAUGAGCUUUAUUAAUUCGAAAAUUUCCAAGAGGAAUGAACUGAUUGCGAAAGGAAGAUCGAUUGCGGACACGAUUAUCUUUCCGGAUUAUUUAGAUAUUUUGAAUUGCAUUGCGGCCUGCAAUGAGAAAUAUAAUUUAGAUUUGACCAAGACGAGCCAGGAGAUCAAAGCCAAGGAGGCCUUUAUCAAAAUUGGCGAACACCUGCAGCGUGUGCGACAAUCGGAUUACUGGGACACAUUUUCGCUCUACCUGGAGGAAGAAGACGAUGACCCUGCGUUGAAGGAUGACACUUUGGCUGAGAAAUUGGCAAGGAAUUUUUCAGAGGGGAAGAAAAAGAUGGCGGAUAUUUUAGAGACCUUCACCCAAAAACAGGAGAGUCGAGGUGAAGAGCUGAAGGAGAAUGGCGAUCUUCAAAGGGAUGACGAGGUUGAUGAAAAAGAUGAUGACGAGGAUGAAAAUGAAGAAGAUGAGAAAGAAGACGAGGAAAGAGCAGAAGAGGAAAAAGAAGAAGAGGAAAAGGAGGAAGAUGAGGAGGAUCAAGUGGACUUGGAGGAAAAGGAGGCGGAGGAAGAGGAAAGGGAGGAGGAUAGGGAGGAGGAGGACGAGAAAAAAGACGAUGAUGAUGAUCACGAAAUGUCUUCACUUGCAGAAACUAAAUCUCCGGAUACACCUACCGUUAACAAUAUGAGUAAGGAAGAUGAACCUCGAGAUUCGCCAAAGCCCUCGACGAACGAUUCCUCGAAAGCAGAAAAUGAGACUUUUCCUGAAAAUAGUUCGUCCGAAGUUAAAGAUUCUUCAUCGGGAGAUAUGGACGUGAUCGAAGUCGACGAGGAAGCAUCCUCAAGUUCGAAAAAGCAGCCUAUCUUGCGUCUUCGUUCUUUUGCCAAGCCCCCAACUUCCUGGGACGAUUCUCUUCAGCCUGAAGGUUCUCCAAACAUUAAAACAUCUCCAAACAUCAAAAGUACUCCAACCUUUAAAGGUUCCCCAAUCAUAAAAGGUUCUCCAGUGACGAAAGGUGCCAAUUUUGCGACCUCGACACCAAAGCCUCUCGAAUCCAAAGUGAAUAAAGUUUCCCCGGGACCAACCUUCGUUGAUCUCACCGAUAUCUCGGACACCCUGAAGCCCGGAAUCCGAAGAGUCACAGACGCUGGCUACGUUUCCGCUCUAAAAGGCAAAUUUAAAACCGUCGUCGUUCCCUCGAACUUCAAGGGCAAACAGAUCAUCAGCGUGAAAAAUAUAACAAACAACUACAACGUCGUUAACGCGCCCGGAACUUCCGCCACGAAAUCGGCCUCGAAAACCACAAUUCGUCUUCCUGGUCAAAGUAGUACCGCGCACAUGAAUCCCCGGAAGCCGGGGCAAAUACGAGUGAACAAAGUUCCCGAGGAUGUGCAGAGAAAGUUGAUGGAGAAAAACUCCUUCAAGAGUGCACAAAUUGUGCCGAAGCCGGGUGCCAGGCCAGUUUAUUAUCAGCCAACAUCAAAUCCAAAUAUUUUCACGAAUCCGGAAGGACAGUCGGUGCGACUGAAGACUAUUGUUCCGAAUCCGGAAGCGAAAAUAAUGAAAGUUUUGAGUCUGAAUGAGGCGAGGAAGGUUUCAAUCACGCCUCUGCAGAAACAUCGUGUUAGUAAAGUGUUGAUGAGUCCGAAAGGUAGUCAGUCGGGUAAUUCGUUGAGUCCGAAAAAGAUUCAGAUUGGCUCGAGGAUUGAUCAUCAGUAUUCCAAGAAGAUAGUCAACAACGUCGUUCGAAUUAUGAACCCGACGCCGACGCCGGCUCCGGGCGAGCAAAACUAUCACAGUACAUUCUCAGAUCGACAAUUUAAUAAGUAAAAUUGAAAAGAGAGAUAGCAAUUUUAAAUUGUGGCUAAUUAGAGUGUGCUUUUUGUGGACUCUCAGACGAGAAAUGGAACUGUGAUUGAUUAUGGUGAGU